UUUUUAUUCUGAUAGGCUUCACAUGCGACACUGAGCACAUCCCAGAUGUUAGCGGAGGUCAACGUAGCCCUGUGUGUGUGCAGGUUUAUCCAGACUGAAGGCUAAUAUACUGUGCAUGUUUUGGGAUGUCGUCUCGUUCGACUCGACCUUCCAGGGAAGAUGCUGUGUCUUUGCGGAGGAUGACAAGUGAAUUCAACCGUCUCUGAGCUUCCCUCUGUGGCUGAUGAGCCCUCAGACUCAGAGAUGGCUGCGAUGAGAAAGAGGUUUUCCUCCGUCUGCUCCUCUUCCUCGACUGAAGAAGACAAUGCAAGCCUCUAUGACAGUGUUCCCAUUUCUGCUACUGAUCCAUCCAGUGAACAAGAACAUCCCUACGCAGCUCUGCUCUGUUGUCAUCGUGUCCAAGACUCAUUACUGAGCUCCAACAGCAGCUUCACUGGAUACAGAGGCGUCCUCAACUGGAUCAUCAUUCUCCUGGUCCUGUCUCAUGCUCACUUGUUAUUGGAGAAUUUCAUACAACAUGGCUUUUUGAUAGAUGUCAAAAAGGUUUUGGAGCAUCUCAUUGAGGACAACUGCAACUGGCCAUCUGUCAACCUUAUAUUAGCUGCCAACAUGUUUGCCAUUGUGGCUUUGCUCCUCGAGAGGUCUCAGGAAAAGGUGACACUGUUGCAUUUUCUUUGUUUCUCUUAUUUUGAUCAUGUCUAUCCUGGUUUAGAAAAUGCAUCAACAACCAACAUCAGCAAUUUUUCAACUCAAAAUAAUUGUCCCGGCAAACAUCAGCACUUCUAUUCCAUUUAUUCCCAUCAGGGUAUGCUGUCCCCCACCACCAGUCAUCGUUUACAUCUCAUAAAUCUGGGUUUGCUCCUGUUAUUUCCUGCUGCAGUCAUUGUACAUGAGCAUACAAUAUCAACAGGUGGAGCGUUCUUCUCUCUCUGGUUCUACACUGCUCUUGGGAUGAAGCUGUAUUCAUACCAGGAAACUAAUCGCUGGUACAGACAGGCCCAUUUAACUGAUGCAGAGAGGGAUAAAGAUCACCCUGUGGCACCAAAAGCCUUCAAUGAGCAGCUUACUUUCCGAGAUCUGUAUUAUUUCCUUUUUGCCCCCACACUGUGCUACCAGAGAGACUUCCCCUGUACUCCUAAGGUCCGCAUCAAUAAGCUACUGCACAGGCUGCUGGAAAUGGUGAUCGUUAUCCAGAUCAUGGUCGGAAUUGUGCAGCAGUGGAUUGAGCCCAUCUUCCAGAGGUCAGAGAACUCCUUUUCUAGUAUGGAUAUCACUAUGAGAGUGGAGCACCUGGUGGGACUGGUGGCACCAACCCAUUUCUUGUGGCUCCUCUUCUUCUUCCUGUGUCACUCCUACCUGAAUUUCCUGGCAGAACUGAUGCGCUUUGGUGAUCGUCAUUUUUAUGGAGAUUGGUGGAAUGCUACAACUCUGAUCAAUUUCUGGGAGAACUGGAAUAUUCCCUUUCAGAAAUGGUGUCACAGACAUGUAUACACACGGCUGGUGGAAAAGAAUGUUCCCCCGUCGCGGGCAGAGUUAGUGGUCUUCCUGAUGUCAGCUGCUCUUUUUGAGUAUAUGAUUGCUCUGCCCCUGCACAGCUGUCGUCUGUGGAUCUUCCUCAUGAUGCUAGUUGAGCUCCUGGUCGCAGUAUUCCUCGCAAACUAUUUCCAGGGAAACUAUGGCAACGGCUUAGUGUGGCUGUGCCUGCUGCUGGGCCCUCUUCUGGCCGUGAGCACCUACUUUCACGACCACUACAUCAGCCUCCAUCACCAUCAUCAUCAGUCAUUGUGCUCACCGCUGACAUCCGGCCAUGGUCUUCCCGGUGCAGUUUUCCUGCAGCUUCACUGAUCACUGAGAAAUGUCUGAAAGAAACUCUCUCUUAUUGUACUGUAUUCACAAAUAGACCAAGAGGAUACAGCUGUAGUCCAAAGCUCAGUGAAGGCUGCUCUCGUCUGUCCAAGGAUCCAUUUUGAUUACUGGAAAAACUUUUGGAGUUAUAGUUAUCUUCUACCCAAUUCAGCAAUAUAAAUAUGGAGUAUAUGUUGUGUAGACUCAUAAAUGGACCUAUUGUAUAUGAAUAUACUUGACUUUAUACUUGAAUGUUCAUGAAUAUACUUACACAUCUGACAGAUGUUAAUGCAAUAAACUACUGACUGUACUUCAUAGCC